CCUGAUUGACAGUUCCUGACUGUACAGUCACCCUAUUCCCUGUGGCAAUGGUUCCUGAUUGGACACCAGUCAACUCUCCUUUUUUGGGUUAAUAUUUUUCUCUGGUAUAAUUUAGUCCCUAUUGUUGUAUCCAGUACUUUGUGGAUCCGUGCGAUUCUAGCCUUUUUUUAAAUGUUUUGAAUGGCAUUGACUGGACGUUGGGGAAAAGGAAACAGAGAAAAACAUUAGCUCUAUUGCAAAGAACCUAUAUUGAAACAAUAAGGUUUAAAUCACUGACUAGUUAUGGAAAUGCAGCUGCUUGGAUAUUACUUGGUUUUACUGAACAUGAAGCAAGUCACGGCAAGUUAUCCAGUUUGGUGGUCUUUGGCGGUUGGUCACCAGUACUCAACACUGGGAACUCAGCCCAUAUUGUGUGGAAGUAUUCCCGGCCUUGUACCAAAGCAGCUCAGAUUUUGUCGGAACUACUUGGAAAUUAUGCCCAGUGUGGCACAAGGAGUUAAAAUCGGGAUUCAGGAAUGUCAGCAUCAGUUUCGAGGAAGGAGGUGGAACUGCACAACUGUUGAGGAUAAUUUGGCAAUCUUUGGACCCGUGUUGGAUAAAGCAACCAGGGAAUCCGCUUUUGUUCACGCCAUCGCUUCCGCGGGGGUCGCCUUCGCCAUCACUCGCUCCUGUGCUGAGGGCACCGCAAACAUCUGCGGCUGUGACACCCGCCACAAGGGCCAGCCGGGGGAAGGCUGGAAGUGGGGAGGCUGCAGCGAAGAUGUCGAGUUUGGGAGCAUGGUGUCCCGAGAGUUCGCCGACGCCCGGGAGAACAGACCAGACGCGCGCUCUGCUAUGAAUCGGCACAACAACGAAGCCGGACGCAUGGCCAUUUUGGACCACAUGCACCUGAAGUGUAAAUGCCACGGACUGUCUGGUAGUUGUGAGGUGAAGACUUGUUGGUGGUCACAGCCUGACUUCCGUGUGAUUGGAGAUUAUUUAAAAGACAAAUAUGACAGUGCCUCCGAGAUGAUCGUGGAGAAACACCGAGAAUCCAGAGGCUGGGUCGAGACCCUUAGCCCCAAGUAUGCCUUAUUCAAAGCUCCAACAGAGAGAGAUCUGGUCUACUAUGACAUGUCACCAAACUUCUGUAACCCCAACCCCGAGACUGGCUCGUUUGGUACGCGGCACCGAAAGUGCAACAUCACAUCACACGGAAUCGACGGGUGCGAGUUAUUGUGCUGUGGCCGUGGAUAUGACACAAGGACUGAGAGACGCAGGGAGAAGUGUCACUGCAUCUUCCACUGGUGCUGUCAUGUGAGCUGCCAAGAGUGCACACGUGUCUAUAAUGUUCAUACCUGUAAAUAGAGUGAGGAAGAGGCUUUCCAAGAAAUUGGUGAUGGUCUUGAACUGAAGUAUCUUGCUAUGUUGGAAGAUCAAGAUCUUAAGUCAGGGCUCAGCUACAAGUCUAAGCUUUGAUCUUGUUUUGGAGACAAUGCCUUUUAAAUACUAAUAAGGGAAAGAACUAAUAUUGGCCAAAUCUUCACACAGUUUAAACUUGGAAUCUGAUUGCAAAAGGAGAACGAAACAAGAUUGUAAUUUGCAUAGCAUUGGAACACCCUCAAGGGAUGUCUGUCUAAACACAAAUAAAGCGUGCCUUAUGAACAAAAUGGAUCACAAGCUCCACCAUUCAGCAUUUAAAUCAAGGAAAUGUAAUUAGUUUUAGCUCAUAACCUAAAAGGGAAUCCCAGAAGGAGACAGGUCUUUAUUAUAAACAUACUGCAGGUAUGGACUUAGAACACAAUGGCAAGCCCCAAAUGAGCAAGUGCAGUAGUGUAUGAAAAUCAAACAAUUGCAGAUGCUGGAAACCAGAAAUAAAAACAGAAAAUGUUGGAAACACUCAGCAGGGCAGGCAACACUUGUGGAAAGAGAAACAAAGUUAAUAAUACAAGUCAAAGACUCUUUGUCUGGUGUUUAUUCUAAUGAAAAGUCUUCUUCCUAAAACAUUAACUCUCUUUUUCCAUAAAUACCGCCUGUCCUCCUGAGUGUUUCCAGCAUUUUCUGUUUUUAUUUAAAUGCAGUAGUGUAGCUAAUGUGGAGCUAUUAAGGUCCCUGUGAGUAAAUUUCAACGCAGUAGAUUAUCUAAAUAUCAGUUAUUUUAGAGCUAUUAAUUGAUUUAGUCACUUUUCCUCACAUGACUGGUCAUUUUGGGAUGGCUAUAUUUUUCAAGAGUGGAUUAUUCACCGUGGCUGAAUAGAAAGAUCUAUUGAGGUUGCCCAUUAUCUCAAGUAUUCCUUCAUUCAAUAAGAUGUUUGGUUGCAGGUUAUCUAAGUCUAUUUCGUUAGUUUUCAAUGAAAGCACUACAAAUAUGUUUUACCAUCAGUGUGAUGCCCAACUUCCAGGUGAUACAAAAACUCUCAUUUUAGGUUUGGGAUAAAAGAAGCCUCGCUUAUUUUUGAUACUUUAGCAAUGUUGUUUAAAUCUUGGAAAAUAAUACAGUGCUCUCAUUUUUACUCAAGAAUCCAAAAUGCUGACCAAGGCUAGUAUGUAGAUGUUUGACUUCAUUUAGUAAGCAGCUAAACUGGUCAAAAUGGGCAGCCUUUUACAGCGACAAAAAUAUGGAUUGAAAUGAUGAUCUGUGAAUCACAUUAGAGUGUAUCAUAUCUACAAGGACUAGUGAACACUAGAAGACCAUGUGCAGUUUUUGUACUAUUUUUCACUUUGGUUCCACAAAGCUAAUUUUAGACCUUGGAACAUUUUGAGUAGACUUCUGCUCACAGAAGCCUGAAUUCAUUAUAAACAUCUGUAGCAUAAGCUCACAGAAGCCAACGGACCAAUUUUUUUCCUUCCGAGGAUGUUGCAGCAAUGCCUCCAGAGGAUUCAAAUAAAGAGGUUAAUGGAGGGCUCGGUUAAUGGCUGAUGUCAAUGAAGCCUUGACAAUUGCUGUGAUGAAUCUGGUGAAUACGACUCAAUUAUGCAUCUGUAGUUGAGUGAAUAGAUGUGUAGCAUGGUUGGAAUGUAGUCUGAUUACACAGACUGCUUUGUCCUGAGUGACACUGAGUUUCUUGAAUAUUGUUCCAGCUUUGUCUAUCCACAUUCUUGACUUGUGCCUUAUUGGUAAUGAAGAAAAUAUUGGAGUUUCCAGAGCUGAACUACUUAUCUCAGAAUACCUAGCUUCUACAUUUAUAAUCUGACAUCUUCAUGUCCACUUACUCCAACAGCAAGUUUACAUCUCCAGAUUUUUCUAAAAGAGCAUUCAAAUUCUCAUAACUAUCAUGAUGCAUUUUGAAUCAAUGUUCUAGAAAUUAUUAAUCUAGACUUUUGUUGCAAUAAGAUGUUAAUGUCAAAUCAUAUCAAAGAUCUGUGUUUUCUCCUCUUCAUACCAUUGCCAUAUUGAGUCAGAUUUCCUUCUUGAAGGAGACUGUGAAGCAGACAGAAAAAUCUGAAAAUCAGACCAAAGGGUUACAGACCUAAAGCAACGAUCACCUGAUUGUGCAUUCAUUUGCCGAACGUGUAACAGGUGUGAUUCUCCCACCUAAUUUCCUCCAGUGAUCCACCUCUUUGAUGUCUCAUGACUGAGGAAUGGAAGGGUAAAUGUGCCAACAUAUUCUAGCUAUUUAUAAAGUGCAAGAAUUUAUCAGAUGAAGAAAGACACUGAAGCCUAAAACCCUUUCUUAUUGAUCAGUCAUCUCAUUCUCUCCAUCAACCCCAUUCUCUCCUGAAAACAUAAAAAAUAGGAGCAGGAGUAAGCCAUACCAGCACUCAGGUCUGGUAUACUCCAACAUUAAUGAGGUAAUCACGAAUCUUGUAGCUGCACACUCUUGUCCUACCUCCUUAUUCCUUGAAUGUACACUUACUGCCAAACUUAAGAUUUUACUGAUGUAACAUUGUUACUGGUAACUCUAUUUCAUUUUAUUCAUUUAAAAUCCAAUGCUUAAAUUUUAUUGACAGCUUCCAUUUGUACUAUGUAUUUAAUAAUGUUGCAAAACACUUCACCAAGCCAUUAUCAAAUAAAAAUGUAUACCAAUCAUAUAAGUGCAGAUAACAGAAAAUUUGGUCAAAUGGAAAUAUUUUGAGAAGCAUCUUAAAAGAAGAAAGAGAAGUAGAGAAGUAAUUUAAUGUAUGUGUGUUUUCUUAUUAAAACUGCAGAUAGUGCCAAGAAUAUAAUGAAUCAUUACGAAACAUGCAGAACUGCUAAAACAUCUGCAUCUCAUUUAUUCCACCCUGUCCAAUUACACUAUAACUGCAUAUACAUCACAGAUAAAGUUCACAUAUUUACAUACACCACACUGUUUUCCCCUUUUGAAAAGAGUGUGAUUCACAUAUUCAGAUUAUUUACAAAUUUAGCCUAUUCACAGCUCUUCUGAGCCUUAUUGAAAUUAUUAAAGAGGUAUGCUGAUUCAUAGCUCCAGGGUCCCCUGGUUCAAUCCUGGCUUUGAGUAUGGUUUGUGUGAAGUUUGCCCAUUCUCCGCCUGACUACAUUAGUGUUGUCAGGGAGCUCCAGUGAUCUCCCAUGAUCCAGUGGUGUGCUGGUAGGUUAAUUGGCUGCUGUAAAUUACCCAUUAGUGUAGGUAAGUGGCAAAAGUGGAGGUAAUAGACAUAUGAGAGAAAAUAACUUGUUGAGGCACAGGGAAAUAUGGAGAAGGGGAAUGGAACUGAUAUGACUGCUUCCCUAGGAACAGGCAUGGACACAAUGGCCUGAACAGCCGCCUUCUUUGUCGUUAAUGAGUAAAUAUGAGUAAAGUAUUGGAUUACACUAUUUACAAGGAGCACUUUGACGAAUAAUUCUGAGGUGGCCCUCUGAGAAAGCUAAUAUUUGUUCUUUUAUCACACUCUUUCCCCGUAACCUUUUUGUACUUUGUUACUAUAGAUUUACUAAAGUUACUAUAGAUUUCUCCACUAACUACUUUACCCUACCCCAAACAGUCAAACUAGAGAAUGUGGCCGAGUGUUGAAAGGGGGUAAAUUCAAAGCCAAUCUGCAGAGGUACUUUCCUGAGCAGAUGGAACAUGAUUAUUUGAGAGAUAUGAGAAGCAGAUACAAUUGAUUCAUUAAAAUUAAAUUCAUUUCUCUCAAAACAAAAUAUUUUGAUAUUGCAUUGUAAGGGUGGCAUGUUUUUAAGGGACAGAUAAUUUUAAUUCUCUGAGUUAUCCACCACUGGGGCUUACCUUCUCCUAUUUGACAGUCUCCCGAAGAUUGAUUGAUUGCCACUAUUAGUUGUAUUAUCACUGUAUGAGGCAGGUACUGGGAUGGGAGAUGGUGAACUUGAUGGUAUUUUUCCACCUGGCAUUUCUUACAUUCUCUUGAGCUCGCUUUCCCCACUCUGGUCACCAUCACAAUCUUUAAAAAUGGUACAGACCCAAUAAUCAGAAAUCUCUCAUGAUUCUUUUGAUGAUUGUCGUGGAAGGGUGUGAGAGAGACAGAGACAGAGAGAUGGAGAGGGAAAGACAGUGAGAGAGAGAAAGGGAAAAUAAAAUGUUAUGGAGUUAAAGCCAAACUUCUCUGUGAUACUGGAACAAGUUCAUGGAGCCACACCUGUUCUUUUUAUUUGGAAAUUACACAAGUCUGCAAUUAAGGGAAGUAUGACUGAACAGCAUGGAAAUUUUCAAGUAUUGAUUUGGAAAGAAUAAGUCGUGUUUGAUUUUUUUGAAGAAGACUGUAAUGAUCAAUGGAGGAUUGCAUACAGAUAUUACUUUUGUAGCCAGAACGUGUGAUAGUCUCUCAAAAGUGAUUGCCAACUAAAGUUAAUCCUCAUGAAAGCAAAAACAGGAGUCAAAGUCUGGGUAUAUGGGCAGGUAUUUGAUUUGGCAGAAAGCAGCUAGUGAUGUUCAGCAAGGAUCUGCACAUCCAUUCUGUAUGUUCAUAAGUUACUUAGAUGAAUGAACAGAAAGCCACAUAUCCAAGUUUGCUGAUGUGUAUUGUAAGAAGUGUAGGUGGGAGUAAUAAAUUACAAACAAAUGUUAGAACGUAAAGCAAAUAGGUACAAUAUGGUAAAUGCAUUUCAAUACAUUUUGGGCACAAAGGCAAUGGAAAAGAGUACUUCCUAAAUGCUGAAAUAGUGGAGAUCUAAAAGAAUGUAGGGUCCAUGUAAAUGGAUCAUUGAAAUUUUAUAUUCAGGUACAAACCUUAAACAAAAAGGCUAAUAACCUUUGUAUCUCAAGGACCAGAAUACAGGGAUGGCGUGUUGCGUCACAACUAGACAAAGCCUUAGUUAGACCUCACUUGGAGUACUGUUUUGGGCACCAUAGUUUAGGAAGGACAUGUUGGCCUUGGACGGAUUGACCUCGAUUUAAAAGAAUUAUAUCAAGAUUGUAGAAUUAAAUUGUGAGGAAAAAAUUCUCAAAGUAGGAUUGUAUUCUGCAGUCUUUAUAGAGUGUUUUAAAAGUGAUUUGAUCAAAGCAGGAUUAUUAGGUAGAGAGAGCUAUUUCUAUUUCAGUUGUUGGGAAGUCUAGCACUAGGCAAUGUGGUCCAAAAAUUAGACUUUGGCCUUUUGAGAGUAAAGUUAGAAAGUUUUGCAUGGUCAAGGGAUAGAAGAAGAUUGUAAUUAUCUGUAGUGACUGAUUAAACUUUUUUUUUAACCAAAGAUAUUAGAACACCAAAGGAAUAUGAAUUCAGGCUACAGAUCAGCCACUGAAUUGCUAAACAAGCUCAAGUGGUUAAAUGUAAUACUCCUGUUCCUAUGUCUCUAUGAUAAGCUUAUCAGCUCUAUUCAUAGUCAGUUGGCUACAUUAAAAGUCCACCUACAAUUUUGAUUCAAUGGCCCUUUUGUCCUUCAGAGGUGUCCCAUCACUUAGAUAUGUGAUACUUUGUGGUAUUUAGUAGUUAAAUGAUACUUAUUCAAUAUUAUCAGUUACACCCCUCUCUUUCUAUAUAAUCUCUUCCAUGUUCCUUCAAAUAUGACUUCUUGUCUGUCCUCCACUUCCUUUAUCGCAAAGCUGAUGGCAGUGCCUUUGCUGUCUAUACAGCAAACUCUGAAAUUUCCUCUGCAAACCACAGUGCCUCUCCAGCUCUCUUCUGCUUUAGGACCCUCCUUCAAAAUUACUCCUUUGAUCAAGCCUUUCUUGUUCUAAUCCUUCCUUUUUUGACCUAGGAUCCAUGUGUGUCUACGGUGAAGCACUGGAGGAUGUUUUCUACAUUAAUGCGCUAUAUAAAUGCAAGUUGUUGUUGAAUGGCAAUGGUGGUGAGGUAUGAGUACAUCCAACAUCUGUGUAGUCACAGCCCAAUAAAAGGCAUCAUUGCCUUUGAAGAAUAUGAGAGGUUCUGAAGCAACCUAUCAUCAGAACUUUAAUUCCCAAUUUUUGUACAAUGUACUUUUGAAUUUUGUAUUCCUAAAAAAAUCAUUUUUUAAUAAUUUAUUUCAGAAAUGUAUAUAUUAGUAAUUAAGGAUAUAUAUUUUGAUGGGUUUUCUGUCUGUUUUUGCUUUGUGACUGUAGACAACUGAUAAUAUUUUCCACUGAUGAUUUUGGACAUAUCAUCUGUGCUGCAGUGCUCAAUUUUAACACAUCAAUAAAUAAUUAAAUAACA